CUGCUAUAUCUGUGUGGAGAUGGAGGUCUGACAGAUGUUUUGAGGAGAAGAUGUCAGGACUGCUGCUUCUUAUCUCACUAAAUAACCAUGCUGCUCAAAACAACAUGGUAGUUACCUCCACCUCUGACAGGCAAGGAAGAACAUCUAGUCAGAUUUAAGGGGAGCUAAAUUAAGAGUCAAUAUCAAGUCAUUUGUCAUCAUAUUUUCUCCUAAGCAUGGACCCUUAACUUUCUCAACCAUCAGACUACACUGUUACACUUUUCCUUAAGUUAUCGUGUUAGGAAUCAUCGGGCGGAUUUUCACUCUGUUACCACGUGUCCCUGUAAGAGCUCUUGAAGCCUCAUCACCAUGUUUUCAGCGCUGAAGAAACUGGUGGGAUCUGAGCCAGGACAGCUCAGGGACAAGAACAUUCCCGCUGGCCUGCAGUCGAUGAACCAAAGUUUGCAGAGACGCUUUGCCAAAGGGGUCCAGUAUAACAUGAAAAUAGUCAUCCGAGGCGACAGGAACACUGGAAAGAGUACUUUAUGGCAUCGACUGCAGGGCAAGAAGUUUGUGGAGGAGUACAUACCCACUCAGGAGAUCCAGGCCACAAGCAUCCAUUGGAAUUACAAAACUACUGAUGAUGUGGUGAAGGUAGAGGUGUGGGAUGUGGUGGACAAAGGCCAAAAAUAUCCUCUUCCUGAAGGUGUAGGCAAAGGCAAAAGACGUGGAGACAAUUUGAAACUGGAAAAUGAGCCCCAAGAGUCAGAUGAGGUUGCCCUGGAUGCAGAAUUCUUGGAUGUGUACAAGAACUGCAAUGGAGUCAUCAUGAUGUUUGACAUUACUAAGCAGUGGACAUUUAACUACAUCCUGAGGGAACUGCCCAAAGUACCCACCCACGUACCAGUGUGUGUGUUGGGAAACCACAGGGACAUGGGCGAGCAUCGCGUCAUCCUUCCUGAUGAUAUCAGAGACCUGAUUGCUGGGCUGAACAGACCAAUGGGAUCAUCUUACAUCCACUAUGCUGAGUCCUCUAUGAAGAAUGGGUUUGGCUUGAAAUAUCUGCACAGGUUUUUCAACAUCCCCUUCCUUCAGCUACAGAGAGAGACUCUCCUGAGGCAGCUGGAGACCAACCAGCUGGACAUGGAUGCCACCCUGGAGGAGCUGUCUGUCCAGCAGGAGACUGAAGAUCAGAACUAUGAAAUUUUCCUGGAGAACUUGGAGUCUCGCAGUAAGGGCUAUGGCUCUCCUGGUCCAGCCAAUGGUCAAAGUCCCUCCUCAGGCUCCCAGUCCCCCAUCGUCCCUCCCAGUGGAGCCUCCACGGGCAGCUCCAGCCCCAGCACCCCACAGCCCCCCAUGCCCUCCCAGGCACUUCCACAGUCACCAUCAGUGUCCGCCUCCUCCCCACCACCUCCCACAGCAGCAGUUGGCGGGGCAGCUUCGCCUACUGCUGAGAUAAAGCCACCAGCCCAGUCACCCGAACACCUCCAGUCAUCAGCUGCAUCUGGAGCGUCAGGACCCCAGAAACGCAGCUUCAUCUCCCGCUGGUUUGGCUCAUCUCCUGCUACUGAAGCUACUGCUUCUGCAACAGAGGACCCUCCGGCACAAAUGUGUCCAGCUAAGGUGCAGAGUGUGGAUGAUUUUGUGCCAGAUGAAAGACUGGACAGGAGUUUUCUAGAGGACAGCCUUCCCUCGAAGAGCAAAGUGCCCCAACCUGCACCCGCUACAGCUAUGGACAGCGACAGUGAUGGCGAAAGCAGAGGAAACCCUAUGGUGUCCGGUUUCCAGGAUGAGCUUGAUCCUGAUGACACUGAGCCCAGCCUCCCCCAGGCUAAGACUCUGCCCCACAGUAAAGAUAUUACUCUUACCAGUGAUGAGGAGGAGGGAGUACCGGCAGCCCCCACAGUUACACAGGACCAAGACCUGGACAGUGAACAGGAGCUGAAAACACCCGUGAUCCACAUCACGAAACCAAAGGUGACAUCUAAAGCUCCAGAAACCAGAGACCAGACCACAGCACCCAUCUCCCUCACUUUGACUCCAGCUUCAGAGCAGCCAGCCAGACUCCAAGGCAAGAAGAAGGGAAACACACCCAAAGCUGAAGACUCUGACACUGACCCUGAGGCUCCUGUAGCCCAGCAGAUGCUGUCUUUUGUCAUGGAUGACCCCGAUUUUGAGUCUGAAGCAUCAGACACACCAAAAAUAGCAAAGGAUGCGUUUCCCGUCAGGGAUGAGCUUCUGUCCGACCUCUCUGACGAUGACAUGCAGUUAGCCAAGGUGCCAGAGCCGUUGAAGCCCACUGUGAUCUCCUUUAAGCUCAAGGAUGAUACUGACCUGUUUGGCCUUGGAAUCCAUGAAGAGCCUGCUGCAGCCAAGGACAGCAGCGAAGAUCAAGAAGAGAAAGAAAGCAAGCACUCCUCCAAAGACAAGAAGAAAAAGAAGAAGAAGAGCAAAGAGGUAAAACCGUUGCUGUUCAUAUUACACACAGUGAACACUAUUUGUCUGAAGGUUAGUAAUGCCGGUGCAUUGAAUCUUCUUGCACACAGGAGGAUGAAAAGAGUAAGAAGAAACACAAACACAAGAAAAAGGAAAAGGAAGAAAUUGCAGCAGGAGAUGAGAAGGAGAAAAAGAAAAAGAAAUCCCGGACCAAGAAAACAGAAGUGGACGAGCUGGAGGACUUUCUAGGCGGAGGAGCAGGAUCAGUCAAAAGAGAUGAUGGCGAUUACGAAGAACUAUAAGAGCUCCUGUUUUAUGAGGAAGUGGAGCCACAGAGCAGCGAGGCGCGUGCUUGUUGGAAAAACCUCCUGGUUCCUUGACUUGUAUGUGCAUAAAGCAGCAUCUCCAAGCCAUACACUAUACGCAAGGCUACCAACUGCAUCCAGGUAAAAUAACCAAGAACUCUGGUACCUGUAUGUUCCUUCUGAUUAUCUCCCCAUCUGCACUACUGCUCACUUCCAUUCCAAACAAUAAGAAAAAGCGGGGAGACCCACAUGUACUGUAGUGAGCCGCGACAUAAAAUUUGACGAUUGGCGUGGCCACAGAUUGGCUCUACUUUGAUGUGACUGAAUAUGUUGGCUUAUCAUUUUCUUUGAUUUGAUACAAACUGUAAGUGAUCCACUCUGAAUGAGCUGCUGUAAAUACGGUUACCAUUUAGUCUGAAUGUUUGUGUGGUUGGUGUAAUAAUUGAGAGCAUGCUUAAAGUGACGACUGACUCCUUAAAGAUUCCAUCGUGUUCUUUCUGUUUCUUUCCUACUUGUUGGCUUAAAUGGUUAAUGGGAGAUUUAGUAUUGUGUCUAAUUAUGAACUGAAUUUAGAGUGAACUAAUUUAAAAAUGUCUUUUCUUUUUCUACUCCUACAUCGUCCACACUAAGUCAGCUCAAUGUGACAGUCCAUCUUUUUCCUUUCUGUCGGUUCUUUAUCUACUGUUGACCAGUUGGUCCUACUCCAGAGCUGACCUAACACUCCCUAGAGUUGUUCCAUAUCUUGCAGUCAUCACAUUUUUUUUUAAAUGCCACUGUAGCCAAUCACACUUUACAGUGGUUAUCAUUAGACUAUAUUUAUGCUGACUAUGGUUAGAUAACUGCGUUGUCAGAAAAUGGUCAUUUAACCACCUUUUCAACACAGCAGAACCUGUUGGGUAGCUUUCUAUUAGAUAUCAACCAGUAUGUUUUUUUCAGGUCUGAUUUUAGCACAGGAGACCAAUAACUGAUAUCAAAAAUGUAGCUGUAAAAUUUUAAAUCCUGCUGUCAAAAUUGAAAAUAUCACAAACUGGAACACAAAACAUCAUUAAAACGCCUUUGUUUCUUUACUUAUGAUUCGAUAAGAGAUCCUUCAGUAUUGACAGGCUCUUAGUUGUGGCUUGUAACCAAUCACAGGUGUGGGUGGAACAUUGCUCGAGACCACAGAGUGACUACACUCAGAGAGCAUCAGAACCAACAUAGCACGUUUUUAAACUCAUUUGUUAUCAGAAAUCGGUUGCAAAGAUAAUGACACUGAUGAGCUGGAAAAUACAAAGUACUGACUCUGAUAAUCAGCCAUGCCGACGCGUGGUCGACCCAUACUUUCUAGAGCCAUGAACAUAUUGCUGUCUUACACUGCAUGUAAGAACAACUAAAUUAUGAGCUUGUCUGUAUUAAAAAUCUCACUUACAGGACCACUUUGCUAGCCAAAUAGUUACAGUGCAUGCCACAUAACUGCAACGUCUUCUGUUUGAUUCCAACUGGCUUCUCUUGUCUCAUAUUUCCUGUUGACUUCUUAAAGUGAACAGGAAAUCUUUAAAAAAAAUUCAACCAUGAAUUAGGCUGUGAUCCAUAUAUAGGUAUAAAAAAAACAUGUUAUUGGGAGUUACAAAAUUAUUUAGUGCUCAGGCUACAUGAUAUCAAGCCCCACAAGGUGUCAGUCACAACAGUCAUGUUUUGUUUCUGUAUAGUGCAUCAUGGUGGAUGACAACUGAUGCCACAGUUCAGGAUGUCCCAACAAAGAAAUUAGCCAUCACCUACUUCAUCUGCCAACAUAAGAUCAGCUAAAGGACUAGACAACUCAAACUGUCAUCCAUGGACAGGCCCAUAGCUUUCUUUUUUCUUUUUUUUUUUUUUAAUUACAUAGUCAUUACGAUAUACACACAGCAUUGAAUGUCAUUGUUUACAAUCUUGUUUCUGGAAGUUUGUUUCAUUGUACCUGCUUCCUAAAUGACAUCAUGCAAGUUGUCAAAACCUGCAUGUUACCUUAGUUGUGGACCAGUGUGUGGUCUGUUUUGUUUCUUGGCAAAGUUUAAAGUUUGGCAGGACUUUGAGUCUACAGUCAGCUAAUAUGAUACAGUUAUCAGACUGUAUUUUAUGUGCAUUUUAAAGUAGCACAUCAGAAAAAACGUGCAUGGAAAAAGCAAAACUUACAAAACUUUUUACACUCCCUUGGGGUUAUUUGUUACAAAGUAUGUGCUGUUUCGUGCUUACAGUUGGGACGUGCUACUUUGUCAUAAAAAUUCGCCUAAAAUGUUGACCGUCGCAGUCUGUGGUAUGAAAUGAGCUGUCAUCUGUUUGUGAGCUCUCUGGGGCUCAAGCUUGUUUAUGUUCAUGCAUGACACUUGCAAUGCAUGAAUGUAACCGUGCAGAGGAAUGUUGGGUCAGAAUGGAAACCAGUUCGUAACCAUCUUAUCAGACACGAUCAUGUAGUCGGAACUUGGAAUCACUGUCAUUUCCUGAUAACUCGAGCAAGCUCAGCAAAAGCUAAGUCUUCCUGUUACUUGAGGUAAUUUAAAAAUGAAAGAUACUCAACCAUGGCUCUGGUUCUCUUGCCCUAUCUGCUCCCUCUUUGUUUACAAGUCCACUAACCAACAAAUUUGCACCCUGGGAUCUAAUCACAGUACAUAUAUAGGUCACGUUUUAACAGGUGUAAAUAAGGCCAUGGCGUUAUAGGUGAUAAAAGAGAGCAGGAGACUCACAGGAUCACUCGGCUCGGUGUCUCCAACCAUACCAGAUACUUCACACAUGUUGAUUUUUGUCUCAUAAAAAAAAAUACAAUAAAAAAUAACAGAACAAAAAAAACAGUCACCUUUGUUCAUCUGACUGGGGAGGAAAGAGACACUGCCUGUUCAAGGUUCACUAUAAUUCAUAAAACAGUGUUUACAUACAGAUAGGAAAAUGCUGGUUGUUGGUGCUGUCAGAAGGAGUGAAUCUCCCUGAUUCCUCACUGAUCUCUACAUAACUCUGUUCAUGUGCUCAGUCAUAAAUCCAUCAGAAUGAAUUUAUGACUGUCAAAGCUGGCAGUGACCCAUCUCUAAAGACAGAAAUAUUGUGCAAUCUGAUAACCACCAAGUAGCCGUUUUCCUGAUCUUAACUAAAACUCUAAUAGUUUUCACAGCAUUGUAAAAAAAAAAUAGCGGCUUAGCAUGGACGUAGUCUUGGUGUGAAACUGACAACAGCCAAGAAGCCUGGUGUUUGCUUCUGGCAUCUCCUGAAGCUGCUUUGGCAGUGAACUUGUGAUUUAAUGGCUUCACCCACUGAUUAAAACAGCUGCAACUCUGAAUUUCCUGCCCCCUUAACACCUUGCUUUCUCUGCUGCACCUUAUAGGCUACAUACAAGUAAUUCUCUUCAUGUUUUCUGCAAUUGCCUUAAUGGAAUUUACUACAAGGGAAUGAUAUGCAGUUGGCCCCAUGAACCAUUUUAAGUGUUCUUACUGUAAACAGUUAGAAGUAAGGUAGCUUGUUUGGGUUUAGAAUGGUGUCUUAGCCUUUCAUUGGUGGAUCUGUAUCAUCCUUAAAGCCUGUUAUAAGAUUGCUGUGAAUCAGUACAUUUAUUUGUCUUUUGCUUUUGUUUGUAAUUGGACAGCAGUUCCUCUAAAGGAGUGUGAUGUUCAUAUUUCUCUGUACGUGCAAAAAUUACGUGAUUUUCUCAUUGUUUUGUCCUUGCGUUAUUUAUUGCUUCUGUUUUUUUGUUUUGUUUCAAAAUGUCAGGGUUUUGUUUGAGUGAUUUUUGUGCUCAGACUGUCCUCACAGGCAUCAUGCAGCUUUUUAUGGGUCACAGCUGUUCAUAUUUUGGGACUUUCUCCUUUAGUACGCAAUCCAGCGGUUUACUUCCACAGCUUUUUAAGGAAGUAUACGUGUUCAUAUGAACUGCUCGACUGUGGUAUUUCUUUGGUCUAAAUGCCUCGAUUUGCCUGCUCUUGAUAAACGGACAUGACGUGCAGCAUCUUCCAUAACUGGCAGCGAGGCAAAACAAACGAUGUGUAUUUUUAGACAUGUUUUGACAACUGACAGAUUUCAUACAGUUUUUCAUCUCCCACACACAGAUAGUUCCACUCUGUUGGUUUACAAAGAAAUAAUGUUUGAUAUUCCAAAGUUGAAACUAUGCAGCAUUGAUCCUGAAUACUGUAUGCUCUUCUUUUUCUGUCUUUUGUCCUGUGAUUGAGGAUAAAUGCUGACAGCACAGUUUCAAGCAAAGCAUGAGACUUAAAUGUACAGCAAGAAAAGAAUGUAUAAAGUAUAUAAAUAAAUAUAUAUUUGAAGAUCUUUGUUCCAAAAUGUUACGUACACCAUGUGGAAACAAUGUCUCUGAAAUAGUAUAAGUUUAUAGAAUAAAGAAAAGAUCCAGGAGGGGACGUUGAUAUAAUUCUGCUGACUGAAGUAAUCCUAUUUCUGAGAAUGAGACGCACUUUAGAAAUAUUGUGUUUUCAGGUAUUUUUUUCCAAAUGGAUGUAUCACAUUUUGGAAUGAGACCCUUCAUUUAUUUUUCACCCCAUGACAUGUUCCAUCUUUAAACUAUGUGUGAGUUUGCCUAUGUUUGGUUUGUCCAAUAAAUGCAAACUUAUUUCUUCAUAAAAAAU